AUGGAUGAAAAUGCCCGAAAAAAAUACUGUGGCCUCUUAAUGUUUGAUGUUCCCACACCCUCAUUUUCUAAGUCAAAUAGGACGUCGUCUUCCCAGCUUACUAUUGAUUCUACAUCAUCUUUGGAAAACAGCAGUAUACGCACCCAAGAUAAAUUUAUUUUUACAUCAUUCUUGGAGCCAAUGAAGGUUAAUCCACAGCCCUCUAAGAAUAAACCAACAAAAAAUAAUCAAGUCAUAAAGGUUCCUUUGCAUCAAAAAAAAAGAAUUCAGCGACCUCUGAAUUCUUUUCUUUUAUAUAAGCGAUCAAAACAACCAGAAAAAAUUACAUGCCAACAUGGUGAUGUUAUAAAUGCUGAGAUGUCAGGAAUUCAUGCAAAUUUCUUACAAAAGGAACCGGAAGAGCGCAAAUUUCAUUGGCAAAAUUCGACAGAUAAAAAACAAGAAAAUUCUAUGGUAACAUAUCCAGAAUACUAUUAUUACCCUAAAUUAAGCAAUUUUUCUGAUCAUAAAGUGGAGGUCACAGAUUCGAAUCAAUUUCGAAAUAUGUUACUUGGAACACAAACCAAUGACAAUAUGUACGCUCUCUCUACAGAAUAUAUAACAAUGGAGCAUACAGAUAUGUCAAUUCCUUGGGCUUAUGAUCAUUUUGAACAACCGAAUUACUCGGUGUUACCAUCUAUUUUUCCAAAAGAUGAUCCAAAAGAUGAUAGUUCACAAUCACAUAUUGACACCAUUACAUCGAUCCCUUACCCUUACUGA